AUGGCUCUGGACAGCGGAAGGAAGGAGCUGCUGUGGAACACGCUGAGGGAGCUGGGGGCGGACGACUUCGAGUCCUUCAGGUUCCACACGGACCUGCCUCAAAGCGUAUGUGAAAACCCCCGCCGGGCGUACAUUGCUAACGAGCUGAUAAAGAAGCACGGCGAGAACACUCUGGACCAGACCAUCAUGCUUCUGGAGAAGAUCGGUAACAACAAUUUGGCCGAGAAGCUGCGAAGUGACAUGGUGAAAAUAAAAGGCGCCGACUUCUCCGUCCACGAUGACGAUCGGAUUGCCAAAUUGAAGCGGGAGCUCCAAGACAACCUGCGGCGUUUAUACAGCUUUGCUUCCGAGGGCACCUCCGAGCGCUGGCAGCAACAGCCUCUGGCGGACGUCUACACGCAGCUAGACGUCACCUAUGGGGCAGACGUCAGCCCGGACGAGCGGCAUGAGGUCCUCCAGAUGGAGACGUGUGACGCCGUGGACAAGCAGUCUAUCCUGCCGUGCGACAUCUUCAAAAGCCCCGACGGGAACCGGCGACCGAUACGCACGAUGCUCACCGUCGGCUUCGCGGGAAUUGGAAAAACCUUCCUGAUUCAAAAGUUUGUGUCAGACUGGGCCAGCGGUAGUACCAACCAGGACGUGGACUUUAUAUUUCCUUUCACCUUCCGUGAGUUAAACAUGGAGAAAGGGAAAAAGUUUACGCUGGCCGAGCUGAUAAGAUGUUAUGUCUGCAGAAACAGGCACAUGAGCAAGGAGUUACUGAACAAUAUAUUUGCUGACCAGCAGGACUAUGAAAGCAGCGGGAUCAAGAUCUUGUUUAUCCUCGACGGACUGGACCAGUGCAACUUCAAAAUCGACUUGAAGAAAGUAAGGAAAGUGGACAUGGACAUAAGGGAAAGCUACCCGCUGGAGGAACUGUUGGCCAAUCUCAUCAAUGGGAACCUGCUUCCCUGCGCCAGGGUUUGGAUCACCACGCGGCCCGCGGCAGCCCACGAUAUCCCCUCCGACCUCAUCGACAGCAGAACAAAGGUGCGAGGAUUCAACGAUUCCCAGAGGCUGGAGUACUUCAGGAAAAGGUUCCCAAACGAGGAGCGCGUCAUUGAGCACAUUCGGAAAUCUCGCACCAUCUUCAUCAUGUGCCACAUUCCCAUCUUCUGCUGGUUCACCGCCAUAGUCCUUCAGGGUACUUUGGGCAAAGGGAAGAAGGGAGAGCUUCCCACGACGCUGACUUACAUGUACUCAGCGCUUAUAGGUCACUACCUAGAAAACUCCAAGGAGAGAAAUACAGCGGAGUACAUCCCUGACAUGAAAGCGCUCGCCAAGCUGGCAUUUGACCACACCAUGAAUAAGUGUCAGAUCUUGGACGAGAAGGACCUGGCGGACAGCGGUUUUGAUUACGGCCAAGCUGCAAAACACUCCGGAAUAUUCACUGAGGUCUUUAAGGAGGUCCCUCCGCUCGGUAGAAACAAACAGAAGAUGUUUCAGUUCAUUCAUCUGACCAUUCAAGAGUAUAUGGCUGCACUGUACGUGAUGAUGAGCCUCUUCCACGACAAAAAGAACGUACUGGAUGGUUCGGGACGGGAAGAAAUGUUCAUGCCUGUUAAGCAGAAGACAAUCACUGAGGUCCACGAGUCAGCUCUCCAGAAAGCCUCGGAGAGUGAGGGAAACCUGGACAUGUUUGUCCGCUUCCUCUUUGGCCUUUCCUUGCCGUGCAACCAGGAACUAGUGGGGGAACUGCUGAAGGCUCCUCAGGGCUGCGGGCAAAGCAAGUCAAAGACAGUCGAGUUGAUCAAGGAAAGGAUCAAACAGAACACUCCAGAAAAGAAUGUCAACUUGUUCUACUGCCUAAACGAGCUGAAGGACGACUCUUUGCUGAAGCAGAUCCAGCAGGAAUUAGCUUCAAGACGUCUGUCCUGGCAUCAAAUGUCAAAUGAAAUGUGGUCAGCCCUGGCCUUUUUCUUACUGUCAGACGAUGAAACCAUGAAGUCAUUUGAUCUUCACCACUACUACCCAACGCCUUUGGGGCUCGAAAAGCUGCUGUUGGUGGUCAAGGCUUCUGAAAAAUCAAAUCUAAGGGAUUGUAACCUGGACAAAGGCAGCUGUCACCUGCUGGCUUCCGUUCUAAGUUCUCCAUCCAAACUGAGGCAUCUGGACCUGGGCAAUUUCAAUUUGUCGGUCCUGGACGGCCACAACGAUGUUUCCGACGAGGGGGUGGAGAUCCUCUCGAAAGGAGUGGCCAACCCACACUGCAACUUAGAAGUCCUCAAUCUGCAAAACUGCAAGAUCACCAGUAAAGGAUGUGUUUCAUUGGCUGAGGCUCUCAAGGUAACCCCCUCCCAUCUUCAAGAGCUGGACCUGAGCUACAACGAUCUGUUGAACAAGGGGGUCAAGAUCCUUUCGAAAGGACUGGCCAGCCCACACUGCAUCUUAAAAAUCCUCAAGCUCUCAGGUUGCAAGAUCACAAAACGAGGAUGUGUUUCAUUGGCUGAGGCACUCAAGGUAAACUCCUCCCAUCUUCAAGAGCUGGACCUGACCAAGAACAAUCUGUCAGAUGAAGGGGUUGAGAUCCUCUCGAAAGGACUGGCCAGCCCAAACUGCAUCUUAAAAGUCCUCAAGCUGGAAGAGUGCAAGAUCACACAGCAAGGAUGUGUUUCAUUGGCUGAGGCACUGGAGGUAACCCUCUCCCAUCUUCAAGAGCUGGACCUGAGGUCGAACAAUCUGUCGGAUGAAGGGGUUGAGAUCCUCUCGAAAGGACUGGCCAGCCCACACUGCAUCUUAAAAGUCCUCAAGCUGAUAGAGUGCAAGAUCACACAGCAAGGAUGCAUUUCAUUGGCCGAAGCACUCAAGGUAACCCCCUCCCAUCUUGAAGAGCUGGACCUGAGGUGGAACAAUCUUUUGGAUGAAGGGGUUGAGAUCCUCUCGAAAGGACUGGCCAGCCCAAACUGCAUCUUAAAAGUCCUCAAGCUGGCCCACUGCGGGAUCACCAAGCUGGACCUGACCAAGAACAAUCUGUCGGAUGAAGGGGUUGAGAUCCUCUCGAAAGGACUGGCCAGCCCACACUACAUCUUAAAAAUCCUUAAAUACCCGAUCGACGGUCAUCUCGCUCACUCAUUUAGUGGAAGGAUGCCUCUGGACACCGAGCGUAAGGAGCUGCUGUUGAAAACACUGAUGGAGCUGGGGGAGGACGACUUCCAGUCCUUCAGCAGAUUUAAGUUAUAG